GACAGGUAAUUAACUAACUCAUUUUUAUGAAAGAAGACAGGAUUCAAGAGGCUUCACUUACACUUCGAUUAGAUUUAGAAUAGAACCAAUAAUAAUAAUAAUAAUCAUAUUACACUUUCUCACCUUUGAAUUUGAUUAUCAUCUGAGAGAAUCUCAAAAUUCCUAAAGUGACCCAGAAAUCUAAAAGAAGAAUAAGAUGAUGGGUUUCUAUCAGAUAGCAUUGGGAGGUGGAGGAGUGCAAGGAGUUGGGGUUUCAAUGGCCAAAUCUUGCCUAAUCAACGCAGAGCAACCCGCCAUCCCGGAUCUCUCUACUGAACGCUCCAUUUUAGGAAGUGGGUCCUCCUUUUCUCGCCGCCGCGACCUUGUUUUCAUCGUUAAUCCUCGAGGUGCAAAUGGCAGGACAGGGAAGGAAUGGAAAAAGCUGCUUCCAUAUCUAAGGUCUCGACUCGGUUCAAAUUGUAAUAUAUGUGAAUCAUUGACUUCAGGUCCUUCUCAUGCAAUUGACAUAACAAGGGAGGCUAUUAGGGAAGGUGCAGAUGCUGUAAUCGCAGUUGGAGGAGAUGGAACUCUUCAUGAGGUUGUUAAUGGAUUCUUCUGGGCUGGAAAAGCUGUCACUAAUCAUGACAGAGAAGCCACACAUUCAACUGCACUUGGUCUGAUUCCCUUGGGUACAGGUUCUGAUUUUGCCAGAACACUUAGCUGGCAAAACAAUCCUGUUGAAGCCAUUGAACGUAUAUAUAGAGGACACCGAUCAAAAGUAGAUAUUGGUGUCAUUGAUGGAGAAAAAGGAGAAUCACAUUACUUCUUGAAUGUUGCUGAUAUUCAUUUGAGUGCAAAAGCAGGAUUUUUUGCCUCAAGAUACAAGAAAUUUGGAAAAUUGUGCUAUGUUAUUGGUGCUUUGCAAGCCUUUAUUGGGCACAGUAAUCAGGACCUCAGAAUCAAGGUUAAUGAAGGUGAGUGGCAAACAUAUCCCCUAGUGACAGCCCUUUGCAUUGGUAAUGCGAAGUAUUUUGGUGGUGGCAUGAAAAUUACACCAAAUGCUGAUCCAUCUAGUGGAGAUUUUGAGGUAGUGAUUCUUCAGGACUUCAAGUGGUAUGACUUUGUUCUCAAACUACAUAAGCUAUACAAUGGCACACAUUUAUCAGUAACAAACGUUUCUUCAAUAAGGGUUCACUCCAUUGAAGUGGAAGAUAUUUCAGGAAGUUGCAGCAUAUUUGUUCAGUCCGAUGGGGAACAUCUCGGGUUCCUGCCUAGGAAGUUUUGCAUAAUACCAGCUGCUAUCGAGAUGAUAUGCUGAGGUUAAAUUAAGAACUAGUAGUUUCUCAGAGGUGGUUUGCAUCCCAUAUGAAUGAGUAGUGUGGAAGGACCUAAACAGAGCAAUGGAACCAUCGUUUGGGAGAGAAGAAGAUAUGGAUAGUUUUAGACUUCUUGGGACUGUUGUGCAUAUUUGUUUAUGGGAAAAGAAAUGAGUUGUUCUUGGAUGAAAAAAGAAAUGCUUAGAGCAUUUUUAUGAUCUUUAAGCAUUUUCCUUCAGGGUUUGAGCUUUUUGUUAGCACAUUUUCUUCAUUUCUUUUUAAUAAGAACACAGGAAAAGAUAGAGGAUUAUUCCAUUCAUUAA